AUGAACAACGAAGAAAGUAUUAUAUUAGCUAACCGGCAGCAUGGAAAAUACUUUAUGCGAUUUUUAGAUGUUUUACCAGCGUCUCUUUCUUCUCAUGAUACCACUAGGGUAACCAUAGCAUACUUUGCCGUGUCUGGACUAGAUGUGUUAGGCUCCAUUUCUACUAUGUCUCUUGAACUUCAGAAUAGGAUUAUACAGUGGAUAUAUAGACUUCAAGUGCAUCCAGAUAAAGACACGGGUGACAUGUCUGCUUGUGGGUUCCAAGGAUCUUCAACUGUGAACAUAGAUUUCAACUCAGGGAAUAAGUUGUAUAGAUGUGGCCAUUUAGCGAUGACUUAUACCGGCCUCUGUAUUCUACUGGCGUUAGGUGAUGAUCUUUCGAGGGUUAAUAGAAAAGCAAUUAUUGAAGGUGUGAAAGCGUUACAAACUGAAGAGGGUAAUUUUGCUGCAACUCUAUCGGGCUGCGAGUCAGAUAUGCGUUUCGUGUACUGCGCAGCGUGUAUUAGCUACAUACUGAACGAUUGGUCCGGGUUCAAUAUUAAAAGGGCUACGGAUUAUAUUCUUAAGUCUAUAGGGUACGACUAUGGAAUUGCGCAAUGCCCGGAAUUAGAGUCACACGGCGGGACAACAUUCUGUGCUUUGGCAACCCUGAGUCUAACUAACCAGCUAGACCAAUUAUCAGAGGCCCAAAUCGAGGGUCUUAAAAGAUGGCUUCUUUUAAGGCAAAUAGACGGUUUUCAAGGGAGACCUAAUAAACCGGUUGACACCUGCUACAGUUUUUGGGUUGGGGCGUCCCUAAAAAUUUUGAACGCAUUGCAUUUAUCGGACUAUGCGAAUAAUCGGAGUUAUGUGUAUGAAACUCAAGACAUUGUUGUUGGGGGAUUUUCAAAAUGGCCGGACACGUGUACGGACCCGAUGCACACGUAUUUGGGCUUGGCCGGACUGAGUCUUAUCGGUGAGAGUGGUUUGAUUGAAAUUGUACCUACGCUGAAUAUAAGUAAACGGGCGCACGAACAUUUAAAGACAUUGCAUGAACAGUGGGCAAGUUCAUAG